AAGAGAUUAAAUCCAAUAUGUCAGCGCCCAUAUCCACGUUUUGUUGACAUUUUUCGCAACUUUUUAAAUUAAGUUUUGUAGAUUAUUUCAACAUGUCGAAACAAAAACACAGAGGCAAACAUAACAACAAAACAAUUAAGAAUUCUAUGAAAGCAAAACAGUCGUUAAAGAAAGAGAAAUUAUCUCAUGGCAAAAGUAGGAGUGGAGGCAAAGAGCAAGUCCACAUGGUCCAAGAAAAGAAACCAACUAAAACUAAAGACUUUAAUAAAAAGAAAAUGAAAAAGCCAUGGAAGAGACCUGGAAACAAAGAGGAUGAUCAAAACUCUGAUUUUGAAGAAGUUAUCGACCAUAGUGAAAGUUCAAGGAAUGUUGAAGCAGAUUAUGAUUCAGAUGUAGAUGUAGACCAGGAAAAAGAUGAUGUCCGUAGGCUUCUUACACAACAAAACAAGAAGAAAAAGAAAUCUGGAGGUUUUCAGUCCAUGGGUCUAUCCCAUAAUGUCUACAAAGGAGUAACAAGAAAAGGCUAUAAGAUUCCUACACCUAUUCAGAGAAAGACCAUCCCAGUGAUCAUGGAUGGCAAGGAUGUAGUUGCCAUGGCAAGAACUGGUAGUGGUAAAACUGCAGCGUUUCUGAUACCUAUGUUUGAGCACCUGAAGACACAUUGUGCAAAGUCUGGUGCACGUGCACUCGUGAUGUCACCAACAAGAGAGCUUGCUCUACAGACCUUAAAAUUUGCAAAGGAGCAUGCGGUGUGUGAAAGUAUACAGAAGCCUGUUACAAAAGACAUUCUGUUUCGUAUAACGGAAGUAGAGCGUUAUAUGCCACCCACAAAGGAACAAAGGUCGUCUAUGCCCCCUCCAUCAGCCAGACCACCACAUACCUCACACAGGCACUGA